AUGAAGUCCACAUCAGCGGUCACGACUUUGGCGAUAGGUCUCUAUACUACUGCAAAGGUUUUCGCAGCUUCAGCUUCGCCCAAAGGCUGCUACAGCUCCUCGAAUGGCCUCACUCUAAAUGGUUCCCAAACAUUCAAUUCCAUUGGAGCCUGCUCACAAACAUGCCUGGCAACUAAAUCCGUGACCAUGGCAAUGCAAGAUUCCAAUUGUUACUGCGGCUCCAAACUUCCCCCCACAAACUCCCUCGUUGAUGACGCUAAAUGUGCCAUACCGUGCCCUGGCUAUCCCUCGGAUGUCUGCGGUGGAAACGGAUUUUAUAGUCUAUACCUUACUGGUCUAUCCGCAGUCGUUGAAAAUUCUGAUUCAUCAGACUCAUCUUCCUCAUCUUCAUCCUCGACCACCUCUCCUUCAAAAUCAUCUGCAACUUCUUCUGCCAGCCCCUCCAUAGUAACUGUUGGUGGACAAACGGUGGUGGUAACAGCCAAUCCAGAGUCAAGCUCGAGCACUGCCCCUAAGCCUUCGGAACCAAAUAAAGCUGGGGUUGCAGUAGGGAUUGUCUUUGGACUACUUGGAUUCGCCGCUUUAGCAGGUGGUAUUCUCGUCUUCAUGCGUAACCGAAAGCGUCGCGCUAUAGAGGAAGAGCAUCGCCAAGCCGCUGCUGUCAAUAGCUUUAUUGACGGAGGCAAAUAUGGAGGACCUGUCACAGACACACGCCUAGAUCCGGCUGCAAUGGCUACACGGCGAAUGAGCGAUGGAAGUAUCGCAGACAACCAAGACUACUCCAGGCGUAUACUCAAGGUAGUAAUAGGCUUGUAG